AUGAUUUUGCAUUUCCAGGAGGGCUGCUUUGUUUACCAACAGCCCUCCUCCCUGUCAGCUUGGGCACACUGCUCUAGAUGGCUGAGCAGAGCCAUCCAGAGCAGUGUGAUUACAGUGAAGCACACCCCCCCUAGUAAAGCACUCCCAGCACACAGUUAACCCUUUGAUUGCCCCCAAAUGUUAACCCCUUCCUGCCCAGUGCCAUUAGUACAGUGUUAGUGCUUUUUUUUAGCACUGAUCACUGUAUUGGUGACACUGGGGAUGUCAGUGACACCAAGUCAGUUCCCCCCAGUGUCAGAAUGUCUGCUGCAGUCCCGCAAUAA